AAGCACUUUAAAGCGGGAUUGCUGUCUGAUGAUGUACCACUACCACUACUGGACCAAGAGGUACAGACACAGUUAAAGACCGUUGCACUGAAAUUCGAUGCGGCGCGUGCCAAGAAAGAGCCUCAACUAGCAGAUGCGGCCACGAAACUGCUUGCAAAGGUCUUUCCGGAAUCGGAGGUGGUGGACUGCGUGGUGUCCUUAAGGCUCUAUUUGUGAUACAGACUUUUUUUCUCGUGUCGGCUGUCAUUCUGUCUCUACCUUAGGUUUUCUACAGGGGCCGAAUGUACGGCCUCUUCGAUAGAUGUAGAUUUGUGGCCGAUUGUGCGGUCUUAUGCGCACCCAGUAUGUAAUUUGGAUGAUCUUAAAAAUAUGGGGUAAAUAAUUGGUUGAAAGGGUGGCAGCGUAUAGUCCUAACGCAAAAAAAAAUAAAAUCUACGGUGGCCAAGAAAGGUCAUAACAGGGACAUACACAUGACAUGAAGUAAAAAGAUUCUAGCAUGUUAAUAGCACUAGUAUAGUCAUAGGAACAAGUAGAAAAAUUGAAGUUGUAUCGUGUGACCACUACUAGUAUAGUUUGUUUCUCCCGCUUGUGUCUGCGUCGGGAUCGGUAUAACGUUCCUGAGUGAUAGAUUUAUCUCACCUCCACGUCCACAAUCCACCCUCUAAUCUCCGUUUCCAGACGCGAGCAAUUGUGGAUAGAAGCUAUGGGCUACGUGUUUUUGGAUCAACUAGGAGCAGCGCGAGAGAAAAGCAGCACUACGCAGCGAGUGUUGUUACUGUUAUUGGCGAGGAAUAGCUACCGUGAACGAUUUCGGUCUUUGCGUGGUCGAAUGGACAGCGUGCAUCCACUAACCGAGGUGCUGUUUUAUUUAAGGCUCGUAAUUGGAGCGCAUACAUUUUCGUGUUGACUUCGAUUUCUCUGUACUGCUUUAAGAAAGUCUCAACGAUAUUCUAAGAAAACUCUUGUUGUGCCUCUAAUCUACGGCGACGUGGAAGUGGAAUCUCUGCAACUAUGCAGCACUGAAGCACCGAGAUUGAUCCUAGAAGGGGCAACGUCUUCGUCCAUCAGCACUGGGCGACUUUCAGCACCGCAAUUGGAGCGCGCAGGACCAUCUCACCGACUAGUAGCGAGUAAAGAAAGUGGACAGCUCACACUAAGCAUGCGCGAGCUCUUCGCUGUCAGCGAUGUGCUCAACUUGAUACGGCCGCGUAGGUUUUUUGCUGAUAUUAUAGCAAGAACUGAUGCAGCUUUUCUGAGUAGUUGGAUGGUCUAGACCCAUUUGUUGUUGCUCAAUAUGAAGAUGGUAGACUCUCCUUGCAGAACAUCUACUUACUUUGAUGCAAAAUAUAACAACAAGUGAAGGUCUUACCUAGUAAGUAACACAAAUGUUGAAGAAUGUCCCCUUUCUAAUCUCCUCCGACGCUGUCAAGGAUGCGGUCGCAAAAUCUGUACCAACAGCAGAGGGCAAGCAUAGGCCAAUUCGACGACCACGAUACGAGAAUCUGCUUCACGGAUUCUGUAAGAUGGCAGGGAUCUCAUGCCAUCUUUCGCCUGAAGGACACCAGGGUUACGUACGUGCUGGAGCAUCGUCCGCCGAAGUAGUCAAAGUUAAAGCUUGAGCAUCGUCGUCAAAUUCAUCAAUAUUUGACUGAAAGAAGGUGCAUCCAAGAAGAUUCUGGUGGAUUUAAAGCUCUCUUUUUGUUCAGGAUGAAUUGGGCGAGGGAGAAAGCAAUAUCUUAGACUCUAAGAAAGGCGAAAGCAAGAAUCGGUUUCAAGAAUUGAAAACGUUUUCACGUCCGUUCGACCUGUAUCGCUUUGUCAUGAAGAAUCUGGCUAUCGUUCCGGCUCUACGCGAAAUGGCACUAGUAGGUGUCGCCAGUCUCAACCUGCGGGAAUACAUUGCUCGCGAGGUGGUCGGCAAUCCAAGACACGACGCGACUUUAGCCGAAAUCAUGCUGCGACGUGGGCAUGCGCGAUGGCAUUUGACUAGGGAGUUUCAGGGAGUGCAGGCGCUGGCGAGUCAACAUCUUCUUAAGAGACACAUUACUACACUGCUGCAUCUCAAAGUAGAUGACACUAACUAAGUAAGUACACAGACAAAAGUAUGAUACAUUUGCAUUUCUUUUCUGUUCUUCUAAUCUCUCUAGUUCCCAGAAGAACGGCACCACUAGUCAGGAGCUCGUCAAAGAUGUAUCAGCCGAUGAAGAAGUCGAUGAAACUCUACUUGCGCCUCUUGAGGCGAGCAGAGAUCUCGGCGACGCCACUAGCUGGUUAAGGAACUCGCUAGGCCGUCUUCCGUAUGCGCAAGUGAGCGACAAAGUGCUUGAGCAAUGGGAGAGCAUGUUGGACACCUUGGAGCAAUCUGUGGAACAGACUGGAGAGAAUAUUUCUGGCCAGAGUCUAGCAAAAAUGGCAGCGAGGAGAAGGAGACGAGGAAAGGGGUCUGCGAAGGGAGCUGGUGCGCAAGGUGGGAAUGGAAAUGCUUUUGUUAUGGAUUGAGUUGGUGGAGGUUGUGCAAGAGAAUAUGCUGUAAUCUAUAUGUGAAGUACUAUACUACUCGAAAACUGAAAAUAACCGAGUUACUGACUGAAAUAAGGGAGGUGCUAGCUCUGACAGGGCUACUCUUCCUUGUUCAGUAUCUCGCUUAUUUUCAGUCGUUACUCGCUUACUUCAGUUUAUCGAACUAAACCGAAAAUUUUGAGUUUCCCUUGUUCAUCAUCAUGAUUCCUUCGAGAUCCAGACUACCUCUAACCCUCUGAAGACCCUGAUGGACCGCACUCACGCCGGACCGUCGACGUGGAAAAAGUUCGAGAGUAGGGCUCCGCAGGUGGCAUUGUCGAGAGAUGAUGCUAGACUGGACGUGCUGGAAACGGAGUUUUUCGAUGUCUUACAGCGACACUUGGCACCACGACUCCCGCGAUCGCUGCUCGCUGCCAUGCUGGACAAUCUGGUUUUAUGGAGAAAGGGAGUUGUGGAUAUUGAUGACAGACAGGAUAUUGAUGACAGACAGAUAUGUUCUUGUAUUACCGUUCAUCUUCUUAAAUGACACGGAAGUGUAGGCUCUUCGUGUAUAUGUUCUUGUGUUACCGUUCAUCUUCUUAGAUGACACGGAAGUGUAGGCUCUUACUUCGUGUUAAGCUUGCAAUCCAUCGUGUAUGCUCUUCUAAUAUCCAAGCUUGAGAACGCAGUUUCAGCAAACCGCACUCAUAUUCAGACGGAAUCACUGCUGACUGAAGGAAAGUCGCUUAUCGAGCGCGUACUAGAAGAGGAGCAAAAACUGUUAGACGGCGAAGAGGACGUUCAUGGAGCUACAACAAGCGGUGAAGCGGAGCUACAACAAGUGGAUAGAGGUGGGUCACAUGCAAAAAAUGACGAAGGUGAAGAUGUUCUUUCAUCUAUUAGUACGCAGGAAGCAGCAACUUCUGGAACAAGUGGAGGUGAAGAGGAUGUCCCGGAAGGUGUUGACGUGAGCAAGAAUGUCACGGCAUCUGAGCAGGUGGACGCAGCUUCAACAUCUGGCGUCGAUACCUCUAGAAAUAGAGCUGCAGUAGAAACCACAACAGCUUCGUCUUCCGAAGAAAGUCCUUCUACAACUAGUGAAAACCACGACACUCCUUCUACUAGUGAAAACCACGACACUCCUUCUACCAGUGAAAACAAGGCUCUUUCUUCUAGAGAAGCAGAUGAAGCCUUCUUUGAAGAUUCAGGGGAGGAGUUGCGAGAUUACAUUCCGAAACUGAGCAGAAUCGUAUCGCUGAAGGAUCUAGUGCAGGACAUCGUGGCAACAGCUAGAGAGGAUCACUCAUCCGAUAGCACCUCGAAAAAAGCGUCGACAGAAGCAAGUGAGACAUCUUCUAGCACUUCGGCAUCACCUUCUCCUGAAGCAAGUGAGACACCUGGCAAUCCACCUUCGACCUCCACGCAGACAACUGUAGAGGUAACAGCAUCGCAAAACACUACUAAAGUUGUAGGCGAGGCAAAGACUACGACAACUGUAGAGGUAACAGCAUCGCAGCAGACUGUAGUCAAGACCACAUCUACGACGUCCUCCGCUGUAGAAGUGUCAGCACAUGAAGUUGCGAAAGAGACCACCUCCUCUACUACUGUAAAAGAGAAACAGGAAAGCACCACUGAAAGUGAAGCUACAGAGACAGCCUCUGCCACGACUGAAACUACAAAGACAACGCGGACUGUAGUGCAACGACAGCAAUCUUCAAGCACGACACGUAGCACAACUGACACGACAACCACUCGAAGUGCCACAACUUCUGAGGUGAAGCAUGGCGCAGCACCUUCUGAAGAGAAGCAUACUAGUUCUGCAUCGCAAGAAACAGCAUCAUCGUCGUCGACCGGUGUGACUCAAGACGUCGAUGAAAAUGUGGUCGAAGAGGUAGCUGAACCGGUGCAAGUUGUCUCAGCCAAAGCUACAGUACUAUGGGUGACGUUUUUUUCUCCCAUUUAACAGACCAUCGAGGCUGCCCUUUUUUUCUUAAAAUUUAACUUUAUAUAGGUUCUUACUUAAGGGGUGCCUCGAUGGGCUAGAUGGUAUCUAUAGGUUACUUAUGGAAUAGGUUCUAAAAUCACUGUAUAGAAGGUUACUUAUGGAAUAGACACCAUUCAUAUACAGCAGAACCAAAAGGCCAGCGGCUCUCUGUCUCUUCACCUGUAGCAGAAGCGGUUGGAUCCUACGAGGACGACGCACCCUACGAGGAGGAGAAGAAAGUAGUGGACUCGACAGUGGAUGAAAGUACUUCUUCAAGUACAACCCCUACUACGCCAAGCCCAAGUCGUCCAACUACAAGUUCAUUAAGGCUCACCCCAGUUCAUCCGGAGCAGAGGCAUCUCGAGGCUGUCCACCAUUAUAGGGGGAAAAGAGGUCCGAGAUGCACGUCCUUGCGAUGGAUUAGUGCGAGCUCUAAGUUCAAGGGCUAGGGCAUCUUCCACUGUGGGGGGUCGAUCAGUAGAGCAGGUAUUGGGCGAAUCUUUGUCGAGUCUCGAAUCUAGUAUUUUUGGAUCAGGAGGUAUCAUGGCCGCCAAAAAGACAGCGACAGACGCGCUGAGCAAUGCGAUUUUCGGCAAGGCGGGACAGGAAAAGCUAUCCUCCGAUGAAACUAAGGACGACGCUCUGAGUGGAGGAAGAAGUGGGAAGGAAACAGGAGUUUUUAUGGUUAACGGUUAUAGAAAUAAAUAGAGGUGGAUUCUAAUGAUAAUGAUAGAUAAUAAUAAUCUACCCAUUCAGGUGGUAAGUUCUUCUGUUUCCGAUUCUAUAGUCUUUGCUUUUCUGCUGGUUCUUCUAAGUGUAUUUCGCUGGAUCUGAUUGUUUCUCAACUACAGUAGAUGUUAAUAGUACUUCUACUAACUACAUCAUACUUACUCAGUUCUAAUGAUCUGUCGCGCUCGCGGGCAGACGACCUGAGCCGUCUCGACGCCUUACUAGAGGACAAACUUGCGGAUAGCGAAAUCUCACUCACAAAGUCCACCACCUCAGCUGAUGGUGCAAAAUCUGCCAGAUCGCCAACUGCGGCAAGCGCAUCGUCAUCUUCUUCUAGUUAUGUUGAUGGAGUAUUGGGUAUUGUGUUGACGUUGCGCGAAGAAAAGGAGACGUGGAAAAAAUUCAGAUUGAGACGACUUGUACCUGUUUUUGAGGAAGGACACGAACGCUAUUAAUAUUUUCACGAAAGAACAAUCUGCUCUUUACACUGCGUUUUUCUUCCAAACGAAGGUGGAAUCUUCUAACAACUCACUCCCAAAACCAAGAAACCGAAAAUCAAGAAGACGAAAGCGAAGAAGUCCACAACGACCACAACACCGGCGCCAGCGUAUCCGCCAGAAGAGAUUGAAGACUUGGGACCAGAGGAAAAUUUUCCGGAGAUCAUUCGAGUGAUGAACACCAUGUUGACUCCAGAUGGAAGACUAAGGCUCGAAAGAUAUACCUCUUCCUUUUUUCUUCUUUCCUGUAAGCAGGUUGGCUCUACCACAAAUAUAAGUAGUAAGCUAGAACAAGGCUAGACACAAGUAACCUGACCUUGUCUUGUAGUGGAUCCCGUUAGAGUACUCACUGUGCUGGUACUGCCUGGCCGACUCUGGGGCUGUAAUGAGGUAAGUAGAGACUCGAGUGCUUUAACGGGAUCUUCAGGCGACGGGACAGGUUAGGCGUGGCGCUAAGAAGAGUGAAGGAUUGGCAUCAAUUCUUCCAUGCCAUCAAAGCGUACGCGGCUAAUGCGAUGCUGACUGGCGGUCAUGACAAAAUCAAAAGCCAAGUAGCGGAGGCGCUGGCGUUUUUGAUUAUGAAAUCAUGGGGAAUUAUAACAUCUGACUCAUCUGGUUGAUUGUAUAAUAAAUUGGAGCAAUAAAGAAUGAAUCAAUAGAUGUGCUUCAGACUUGACCAGGGAGGUGGGUUAGACCUGAAGUACAUGACCAUGACCAUGAGUUGGAAUUUCUGCGUUUGCUUUCCGGGAGUUCCACGACCAUGACCAUGAGAAUGAUGCGAUAUUCAUCUAACACCGAAAAAACCGGAAGCAUCGGCGGCCAAGUUAGUGAGGCGUUGACGGCCAUGCGAACUUCCAUGAAUGAAGACGACGAGGAUGCUUCAGGUAUUUUCAUCCUCAGCAAAGCUAGUCCCUGUGCUUGUCUCCUCAAUUUUCCAUUAUUAAAAAUCUUCUCUGCAGCACCUCAGGAUAAAGUUGCGGUAUUGCUGUUGUUGCUUGGAGCUUGCUGAUCUAAACCUGUAACACUACAUUUACAUUACUAACAAGAAUUAUAGGGCUAUAAGAUGCUCCUCUUAGCUAUCUUCAAUACCUCAUUCAACCACUUUCACCACAUCUAGAAGAUGCAACAGAGAUCCCUCGCCCUCAUCACCUAAACACACAGAUCCCGAGGUUGCGCGCAAAAGGAAGACCUAUGAGACGAUGCAAAAGGAGAACCUGCUUUUAUGCUGGGCAACGUCGAGCUGUAACCCAUGAUCUCCAACACUGAAUCCAUGAUCUUUCAGCUGUUUCGAGGCAUCUAAAAACAACAACAAGUUCUUUUCAGAUAAGUAUCUAAAACUUUUAGAGAGCUUACGAACGAUGUCCUUAACCUUUCUACUGGAGAUACUAACGGUAAUAGUCCUUGUCGGUACGACCUCUAACGCUUGCAGUAGAGCAUUUGCAGAGCAUCAAGGACCCAGAGGAGCAGAAACGGGCAGUGAGAAAGCUCAACCUCCACAACAUCAACACCAUGGAUAAGAUCAGCGGAAGGGAAACAACGGCGGAAACUUAUGAUCACGAUGAGUGUUAUUAAUUUGAUGAUUAAAUUGAAUGCGGAGCGGCGGUGAUAGAUACCAUGCAUUUCAUAUAAAUGCUUCGGUCCCUGAUUGGUUGAUGUAUCCCCUGAUCAGGCUGAACGCAUGCUUUUCUUUCUACCUCAACUUGCCCGAGUACAUGUGUUGGGACCACUAGGACAACUUAAACCAAACAUUUAUUAAAUUGAAUGCUCCAGCACUCUAAUCACAACAUCAUACACACUGAGUUCAUUGAGGUUGUACAUUAGACGGUUAUAAUUCAAAGUACCUGCAUCAGUACCUCAAUUUUUCUAACUACCCAAGCGCCUCGAGGAGCAGAGUAAGAUGAGAGACUUGCAUGCGAAGAAAAAGAAGGAGGCUGAAGAGCAGCAAAAGAAGGAAGAGGCUAAAGGGCCAAAGCGUGCUAUGUUUCGUCCAGCUGAUGACGAUGACGAGGACUCAGAUUCGGAUGAAUCCUUGGCUGAUGUAGAAAUGAAAUUGAGGUUAUGAUGGAUGGCGAUAUUAGUAGUACCUACUUCUAUACAACUUCUAGUUACAUCAACUAACUUGAAAAAGGAACUUCUAAUUAUGAAUAGGAUUUGGAAGAUAUUCUGACUUAUAAUUUAGUUAGUAGAUUCCCGACCUCUCAACUCAAUCUACUCCUUCUCAAAAAUUGAAAUUUUUAGUGCAGUGGUUAGUCUACUAAACGACCUACAAUCUAGUCGUUUCAUCAUCAUUAUUUAGGAGAUUCCCACUAGAGGAAAUCGAAAGAGUACUGUCUUAUCUGAAAGCUAUCGUUAUACAAUAGGAUUGACAUCAUGAUCAUCAUAUGAAAUGAUCAUACAACCUGUUGUUAGUGAUGGGUUCUGAAAAAAUGUUAGAUCAUACUCGCCAUAUCACACGAGAUGAUUCACAUCACAUAAACCUCUUCUAAUCACAAAGCAGCUGCGAGACAUAUUUGGGAUGAAUCCGCCGGGUUCGAAGACUGCUAAGGAGAUCAACAAGGAUACCAAGGACUCGACGAAGACGAAGAAGUUAUGGGAAUAAGUGGGAGAUGUAAUUAAUCAACUUUGGUAGAAACUACUUCUGAAAUAAUUUACUUACUACCCUUCAUAUCACUAAUCAGUUGCGCUUUUAUCAACUCUGUAUGAUAUUCGAUUGCUACGUCCUGGUCCUUCGAAUAUUGGAAGCCAGAAUCACCCAAUGUAUGCAUACCACCGAAUGUAAGUAAAAGUAUUAUACCAAGUAGUAGUAUUCGUGUUUUCUAACUCCAGACACCAAGACUACCAAGAAAUCAACCAGCACCAAGACUACGACGAAGAAAACGGUGAAGACGAGUGCGAAGAGCACAGUGAGUAAGGAUGGGAAGAGGAAGACAACUACAACGCGCAGCGUCACCAAGACCGUGCAGGAGGAUGACUCCAACUCCGAUCUAUGAACAAGAUGGGUGCUAUUUUCGAAAGAACUGUUGUUGAGGUGGUGGUACCUAAAAGUGAUUUUAGAAGGAAGAAUUUUUUUUUAGGUGGUGGUACUUCUACUUAGAAAACUUAAUUAACAUCUGCUAUAAUCAGUCUCCUUGAUGUUGAUUGAUAGAGAAGACAUCGUGCUGUGGUGCAAGACGGGGAACAACUCUCUUAUAAGUAGAGGGUCUUUGAACUACGAGUCACUUGAAUAAAUUGUAACUGCUUGAGCACCAAGAUUAUUGAUGGUGAACGUGAAGAUGAUUAUUCGAGAAUUUUCCAUUGUCGUGAAUGGGUGUUUCGUUUCGGGUAGGUUCUAUUCCACGGAGAUCAUUCAAACACGAUUUAUUAUCAAAUAUAUAUCAGAGUACGGUCAUCAUGAACGAUGAUAGCAGGGACAAUAGCAUGCAUACGUUUGCCUUGUCAAAAAUCUACUGAAAAAACAAGAAGUGGAAGUGCUAUGUAAAAGUUGUAUUUAUUCGCCUGAACGAGGAUCUAUCUCGAUUAUGAUGGAACAAGAAGUUAUGAGUUUCAAUAGGAAGGCGGUACUGAGGGUCAUUGUAAAUAUCAGUCGACUGUGACACUUACAGGAAAUCGAAUCUAAAAGUUUCAAACUAAAUUGUCUGUAAUAUCGCAUCAAAAUGAUGGUGCAGCGGCAUCGAUCUAAGUAUCACAUUUCCAAAGUAGUUGUAGAAGAAUUUGAGAUUCACCAAUCAAUAUCAGCAGAUAUCUAUCACUACGAUUUUUUCUCAAAACGACAAAGUAACAGUCAAGGUCUGACUGACGGAGCUACCGCAGAAUCGUGGCUGGUGGAUGUACUCACUCCUAAUGAGAUGGAUCAUUACUUUCUGAUGAAGUAAGUGUAAUUUCUAGAUGGGUGUAUAUGAAAGGAUGGUUGAUAUGUUGAUCUUCUAUGAAGACUUCCAAGAAAAGUGUCCUCCUUAUCAUAGGUAGCACAUCAGUGCGCCUGAUCGAUAUUCAGAAGACGGAAGUUGGUGUCUAUUCCCAAUUAUUUUAUAGUGAUUUGCGUCAAACAAGAACACGACAAUUUUCAAGGUGAACAGGAU